CAGCCUCAGAGGAAGAGAAUGGUUUUGGAUAUCAGGACAUGGGAGCAGACAUUUCAAAAUCUGAUCCAGGAGGUAAAACCCUGGGCCAAAUGGACCCUGAGUCUGGAUGGGAACCUUCAGCUGGACUGUGUGGCCCUGGGGUGGAAGCAGUACCAGCAAAGAGCCUUUGGCUGGUUCCAGUGCUCCUUAUGCCGGCGACACUGGGCGUCCGCCCAAGUGCACAUUCUGUGCCACCUGCACUGGGAACGCUGGACGGACCAGGGCCAGGUGGUUAUGCGACUCUUCGGCCAGAGGUGCCAGAAGUGUUCCUGGUCCCAAUAUGAGAUGCCUGAGUUCUCCACAGAGAGCACUAUGAUGAUUCUGAACAAGCUGGUGCAGCAUAUUCUGAAGAGAUACUAUGGAGAAGGUGCCAUGCAGUUUGCAAAGAUGUCGGUGAUCCCAGAGGUGUCUUUGGAAGGGUCCCAUGAUGCAGCCAACUGUGAGGCGUGUGCUCUGGGCAUUUGUGCACGAGGCUUGCAUGGCUUUAUAUCAGAGCCAUCUGUGUGCCCACCCUCCUACUUGGACACUGAGAGUUCCUUACCUCAAAUUGGUGACAUGUACAUCCCCAACCAAUCCAUGAACCAGUCAGCUCAAGCAAAGAAGGCUAAGGGGACUGUGUAUAAGGGGUCAGUGCCCAGGCGUGACCAGAAACCAUUGAUUGUCUUGGGCUGUACUUUGCUGCUUAUCUUUUCUUUAAUAGUUACAUACUUUAAACGAAAACAAUAAUAAACAUAGGCUUUCCUUCUUCUCUUUUCCAGUCUUAAGUCCACGGUAAUCAUUUUAAUAUGACAGACAAUUUACUUCGAGACCAAGCAGGGUCAAGUUUGUAGAAUAAGCACUAGUUUCCUAGAUACCCUCUGAAAAUUGUUUGAAACAUGACAAAGCACAUAAUGGACCAAAUAAUAAAUAUCUCUGAAAUCUC